CUCUCUCUCGCGCUGAACUCCAGCCCCUCUCGCGCUCUCUCUAUCAGCCUUUCAUUCCGUCUCAAUAUGUCUCAAGAUGGCGGCCAAUGCGGGAUCGAUGUUUCAAUAUUGGAAACGCUUUGAUUUGCAGCAGCUCCAGAAAGAACUGGAUGCCACCGCCGCAGCCCUGGCCAACAGACAGGAUGAAAGCGAGCAGUCCAGGAAAAAACUCAUCGACCAAAGCCGCGAGUUCAAGAAGAAUACUCCAGAGGAUUUGCGUAAACAGAUAGCUCCUUUGCUGAAGGGCUUCCAAGCAGAGAUCGACGCCUUGAGUAAAAGAAGUAAAGAAUCAGAGGCUGCUUUCCUCAGCGUGUACAAGAGAUUAAUCGAUGUCCCAGAUCCUGUCUCGACUCUGGAGGCAGCUCAGCAACUCCAGGUGACUGUUCGGAAGAUGCACGACUUGGAGACAGAAAACCAGAGGCUUAAAGAUACACUACAAGAGUACGAACGUGAAAUCGCAGAGGUUAAAAACCAAGAAGUCACUAUUAAAGCACUUAAAGAGAAGCUGGAGCAGUAUGAGCGUUCUCUGCUGGCCAAGAACACAGAGGAAGCUCCCGAUCAGAACCAGGACCGAUCAGGACGAGAAGAGAGGGAAAGCAAAGGGGAAAACCUUCCUAACAACUAUGCAGACAAGGAGAGUCAGCCACAGCAGAGCCAGGACAGCAGGACAGAAGACUUGGACGUGAAAACACAGUCGUUACAAACAGCACUUGAAGCAACUCAGGCAGAACUCCAUGAACUGAAGACGAAAUAUGAUGAAGAAUCCACAGCAAAGGCCAAUGAGAUUGAAGCGGUGAUGACAGAUCUGGAAAGAGCCAAUCAGAGGGCCGAGGCGGCAGAGAGGGAGGCCGUGAGCCUGAGGGAGCAGCUCACUUCAGCUGGCAAAACCCUGCAACCAUCCAAUCAGAUCCAGAAAGCACCGGAAAUGGACAAGUCUCUGGAGGCGCUAUCUUGCAGCAGUCUGGAGGCAGAGCUGGGUGCGAAGGAGAGGGAGGUAGAGCGUUUGGCUGAGGACGUUCAGAGACUUCAGGCCAGUCUGGCCCAGCUCAGCGAGACCUCCACCAAUCAGAUCAGCCAGCUCGAGCAGCAGCUGAGCUCCAAAGAGGCCCUAUUAAAGCAACUUGAAGAAAAGCUUCAAGAGCAGUCAGACUACGAGGAGAUCAAACGAGAACUCUGCAACCUGAAAUCAAUGGAGCACAACUCAUCAGAUCAUCACUCUUCAGUACAGGACUCAUCCAAGCCGUUGGAGAUGUUGCUGACGGGGAAAGUCCAUAGCCAGCUGUCAGAGAGCGCUUUGAAACGACUGGCCAACAGUGACUUCACUGGAUCAGUGGGGCGGAAAAGUAAAGAAACCACAGUGGAAAAUCCACAGCGUCUUCCUGCCACUCCAGUCCCUACCACACUCCAGGGGUCCCCUCCUCCCCCCUCCCCUCAGCUUUUGAUGAGGACGGGCACCGCUACCUCCGAAUCUGCUGCCAGUGCCAACGGUACCCACCCUUUCUCCCCCACGGGCAUCGGGCCAGACUUCUUUACCCCCGGCAUGGCCAGCGUGGGCGCCACGUUCCCCCCGUUGGCUGGCAAAAUGGCACUCAACUCUCUUCUUCAGAGGCAGCUCAUGCAAACCAUCUACACCAAAGCCCUCCAGGACCCUUCUCCAAGUUCUGUGCUCUUCGGGCCGCCCCAUUACGCUACAACCAACUCUCUCUCCAGCCCCCUACCCCCUCAAUCAGCGGGCAGCCCGGAGGUUAACGGCCUGGCACCCUCUCCCAGCCAGUCUGAGGGUGCGGGCAGCACGUCGGAAGGGGAGGAAAUGGACACGGCUGAGAUCGCUCGGCAGGUCAAGGAGCAGCUGAUCAAACACAACAUCGGCCAGCGCGUGUUCGGUCAUUAUGUGUUGGGUCUGUCCCAAGGCUCGGUCAGUGAGAUUCUGGCCCGGCCCAAACCCUGGAGCAAGUUAACUAUCCGUGGCAAAGAGCCCUUUCACAAGAUGAAGCACUUCCUGUCUGAUGAGCAGAACAUCCUGGCGCUGAGGAGCAUCCAGGGCAGGCAGAGAGAGAACCCAGGCCAGAACCUGAACAGAGUGUUUCAGGAUGUUCCGAAGCGAAGAACCGGCUCGGAAGGCUCCACGCGGCCAGGUAACAUCACCACACGCAUCCGCACGCCUGAGACUGGCUCCGAUGAAGCUAUCAAGUCCAUCUUGGAGCAGGCCAAGAGAGAGUUACAAGUGCAGAAAGCAGACGGCGUGGGGGAGAGGCAACGGCGAUCAGGUUACCACAGAGGGUCGGGCAGCUAUUUCCAAAUAUAUGCACACAGUCUAAGACUUGUUGAGAGUUCGCAGCCUCCGUCCUCCUCCAGCAACUCCGACGAGAACAUUCGUUCCACUGAGCAGGCUCGGAGGGAGAUGGAGGCCCAGCAGGUGGCUCUGGAGCCCGUACUGAAGGCCAACUCUAUGGUCCCGACCGAUCUCUCGCUCCUGGGCUCCCCGCUCUCCACCCUCCCAUACACCCCUAUAGCUCAGUCUCUGAAGAAGCCCUCCACCUCUCCUCUCUUGGACUUCCACGGCGGGGUGAAGAAGGAGAUGGGUGAGGUGGCCGUCUCAGAUGUGGGGGUGGACGGAGUGCCCAAGCUCGGACGUCUCUCGGAGAGUGGAGGAGGGUUAGGUGGGGGUUCUUGGAGGGAGCACUGGUGGAGCACAGGUCUCUCUGAGCGUCGCGGAACAGGGCAGCACUCCGUUAGUGAAGAUGCACACAGCCAAGAGGAUAGCAAGGAGAAGCUCCCUCGCCUGGGCAGCACUGCACCCGUGGCUCCUGCUUCCUCUCUGGAUUACUGGAAAGACUGGCCCAGCUCAGAGUCCCCGUACUCCCAGAGCUCAGAGCUCAGCCUGCAGAUGCCCAGCGGCAGCGAGACCCCUCAGAGCAGCCCACUGCCUUCCUCCUCGCCUUUACUGUCCCUCCCCAAAGUCGCCAAACCCGUGGUGCCCCCGCUCACACCUGAGCAGUACGAGUACUACAUGUACCAGGAAGUGGACACUGUCGAUCUCACACAGCAGGUCAAAGACAAACUAGCCAAGAAUGGCAUCUGCCAGCGGAUCUUCGGCGAGAAGGUGCUAGGCCUCUCUCAGGGGAGCGUGAGCGACAUGCUCUCUCGGCCGAAGCACUGGAGCAAGCUCACGCAGAAAGGAAGAGAGCCGUUUAUACGCAUGCAGUUAUGGCUGAACGGAGAGCUGGGCCAGGCGCUGCUGCCAAUGCCUGGACAGACACAAGAGAUUACUCCGAAGACCUCAGCCAGCUGCAGUCCUGCCCCAGAAUCCCCUCUGAGUUCGGCCGAGGAGUCCGUUAAAAGCCAGCAGGAGGAGCAGAUGUGCCGAGCGUCCAUCCAGGAGCCCAGCGAAAUUUCCGAGUCCCAACCCGGCACGCCUCUACCGUUACCUCUGCCGGGACACGCGGGUCUCAGCAUACAAGAAAUGGUAGCGAUGUCGCCCGAGCUGGACACCUACGCCAUCACUAAGAAAGUGAAAGAAGUUCUGACUGAUAACAACCUCGGCCAGCGUCUGUUUGGCGAGAGCAUCCUGGGUUUGACGCAGGGCUCCGUGUCUGAUCUGCUGGCCCGGCCCAAGCCCUGGCACAAGCUCAGCCUGAAGGGUCGGGAGCCGUUUGUACGAAUGCAGCUGUGGCUGAGCGACCCGCGGAACGUGGAGAAGCUCAUGGACAUGAAGCGGAUGGAAAAGAAAGCCUACAUGAAGAGGCGCCACAGCUCAAUCGGUGAGAGUCAUUCGCUGGAGAGCGGUCUGUCAGGAAGUGACCUCACUCAGGGCGCCAGCCCCCAAAACCUCUCCCAGCAGCAGCAGCAGCAACAGCAGCAGCCCCAGCUGAAGAAACCCCGUGUGGUGCUGGCUCCAGAAGAGAAGGAAGCUCUGAAGAGAGCCUACCAGCAGAAGCCUUACCCCUCUCCUAAAACCAUUGAGGAGUUAGCGAGCCAGCUCAACCUCAAAACCAGCACGGUCAUCAACUGGUUCCACAACUACAGAUCCCGUAUUCGGCGAGAGCUCUUUAUCGAAGAGAUCCAGGCGGCGGCCGGCGAAGGCGGAUCCCCCUCGGCGCGGCCCGGGAAGUCCGGUGGCGAAGGAGACAACAGCUGCGAUGGCACCGAGUCCGACAGCACCGCGGAGGGACGACCGAGUGGUUCUGAGGAACGCAAGGGCCUCCUGGAGAGCCCCAGCCUCAGCCACAGAGACGAAGACGCUGAGGCCGAGUUCCCCAGCGCCUCGGGCACCAGCAGGCCACGAGGAGGCAUCAUAGACAGCCUGUUCGGCAUCCCCGAGUCCGUAUCCUCUGCCGCCGCCACUGCCGCUGCUACCCCCUGCCGAAACCCAAAGGACAGCAGUCUGCGCAAGAAGAAAGCAGCCAACCUCAACAACAUCAUCCACAGGCUGGAGAAAGCGGCGAACCGCGACGAGCCUCACGAAUGGGAGUUCUGAGGGCGCCGCCACGUUGUCGUCGUUUUAUUCUCACUUUGUCCCUCACUGAGCUAACCCGGCCAAGCCUGGUGCACACACAACACCGGUUAACCCAAGGGUUUCGAUUCGCUGUUUAGAAGUGGGUUAUCAGAGACAAGAACAAGAAAAGGAAACAAGUUUUUAGUCUGUUUAUUUUGUGAAGCACUUAACGGCCCUGCUGGCCACAGGGCUGUGACACCAUUGGCUAAUGGUGGAGACACAAAACUGAAAAGCACAGGAGAGGGAGCGUUCCCAUGAAAUAUUCUCAAGACUGGCGACAGUCACAAAAAACACAAAAACACACACUAUGAUAUCACCGUCUCUCUAUUUCUAAUAGAGGCGUUCUCACCAACAAGCUGAAUAACUGUUACAAUAAUUUAUCAGUUCUCAAGAGUCUUGGGAGUUUCCUCUUUUGUAUCACGUACGCUUCGGCCGUCAGCAAAGACUAGUUCGAACCGGUUUCAAACCAAAAGUCAAGCAUUUAAAAGCAAGUGUUGGCUGAAGGAACACGGGUGCACCGUCCCACCUGCCUCUCCCUCCCUACCCCAGAGGAGGCCAUCCAAUGGCUAUGCAACUCUAGUACGCAAUGGAUUCCAGCGUAAUGGAACCCGCAUUAUUUUCACAGUUCGGAAGCUUCUCCGAAGUGAGAAGAAAAUCCUUUUUUAUAGCAAUUAAGUUGCCACCGAGAGAUUGCACAGUCAGUUGACUCUAAACAGCACUCCUUUUGAUUUCACACGCCAACGGCCUAAAAAAAAAAAAAUCACGCGAACGAAAAAAGAAAGAAUCCACGAUCACGCAAUUAUUCAUACCGUUGUUGUAAGGUCGACGCGAAUGGGAGACGGGAGUAAUUUCGUAACUCGAUAGCUAAGUGUCAAUUUUUAUCGUUAUCUAGGUCUCUUGUAAGGGUAGCGCUCGUUUAAUUUUUUUCCAUAGCUUUAAUCGCCUCCGCGACUUGCGUUUUGAAGCCCGCGGAGGUCUUGUUUAAUAAUAAACGUCAUUUUAGGCCAAAACAAAGACAGAUAGUGAAGAAAAAAAGGAUUUGUACAGUACUUUGAGUAAAUAUUCCUGACAAGAUAUUUUUUAAAGAGAAUGAACAAGCCUGAUUUUUAUCCUCUUAUAAUAGAACCAUACAUCAGAGACCUCUAACCAAGUUGGGCGGUUUGGGCCCAUAGAAUUACAAUUCUAAUCCAAUAUCUAUGGUGUUAUAAAUUCUAAUUCUAUGGAGUGGCCGUGGGCCACUGCACUGUAUGGGCUGGUCCUCAGCACCAGGGUACCGGACGCUCUCGUGCAAACUUCGAAACUUCAGGUUCUUCACCAGCUUCUCCAUUCACUGUUCACCCAACCGCAUACGAGCUUUUCGUGGCGCACCUGUCCUCCGAGACGACUGGAAAAACACCUUGCGAAACGGACUUGUGUUUUGUUUUUUCUUCAUACUGUACACGACGGAGGACUCGGACACAUUUUCAUCCUCAUUUAACACACGUUCAACGAAAAAAAAAAAAAGAGGAAAAUAUGUAGAUUGUGAAUGAAAAGCUCUUUUAACGUUAGCGGCCCGAGGUGAACCUCUACACGGACUCGGCACCUCUGUAGAAACGUUCUUUCUCUCCUGAACACCUUUCGAAACCUGCUCACCUUUCACCUCCGGCCCUUGUGUCAUUGUAUGCAGUUGAUUUUGUGAACGAAAGCGCAGAUCGGUGGCGCCACGCGCGAACCUUGAGUGUGAGGGUGUUUGUGUGUGUGUGAUUGUUGACAAGAGCGAUCUAUAUUUGUAUAUUACUACUACUACUCGCCACAGGCAGUGGAAGCAAACACCUCCUCACGUCCCUAAGCUAUUUAGCAGUCCUGCAGCAUAUCACAUAGUACAUUUAAGUUCUUUUUAUUUACACGCAUAAACUAAUGGUAGAUAUUUUUGUUUGUUGGUGUGGUUUGCUUAUUUAUAGAUGCUGUCUUUUACAUAUUGAUGUCUUAUAUUGUUAUACGUGUUCUUUUUUUUGUAAUGGAAGGGACUAUAAAAGGUCAGGUUACAUAUUUUUAGACUAAUAGACUGCCGGCAGUAUUGGAUUACAUUUAAAUGAUGUACUUUUGAUACAUGUCUAUUGAUUAAUUCUGAAGAUUAUCAUUUUUUUUUUUUUGUUUUUGUUUUUUUUUUUGUUCCAUAUAUUUUACUCUGUUAGUGAGCUGGAUGAACAGUUACUACAUUGACAAAGGAAGCAGAAUUCUAUGUAUUGCAUUAAUGAUUUUAAUUAGUACGCAUUUUAGAUGUUUUAACUUUAAUGACAAUUCAAGAUGAAUUGCGUUUGGCUGUAUUGACUCUACGAUUGACGCUCUUGAAUUGGGUUUUCAGGUUAACCUGCAAACGUUCUGAGAUUACGUAACGUUACGUUUAUAAAUCGCAAUCAAGUUGCUAUAAUGAGCCAGUGAACAACUGGUAGUUAACGUCACUGAAAAUGAGCUGUCGCUUUGAGCUGCACCUUGAGGAAUUGGACUUUUCGUUUUCGUUUUUUAGUAGGAAUGAAAUUCACUCGAUGUCGUUCGGUGGCGUUCAAAUGUACGCCGAUGAAUCUUGAAGAACGGCUUAAAACUACCUUUGGCCUUUUUAACGCGUGCCAAUGAAUGAUUCAAAUCAAAUUUGUCUCUUUAAGACCUACGAAAGCACAGAGAGAUACUUCAUGAACCGAUGUUUUUAGCGGAAUAUUCGAAUACGUCGAAAGCACGUGACUGUUUCUCGAACUUUCUCUCCACGUCUAACAUUGGAGUGCCUUCACUGAAAACUGUUCGCUACUAUAAUCGCGUCGUCUUCAUUCCAAGUAAGUGAUUGAUUGGAAGUAUCAUAGCGCAUUUUCGCCAGCAAGUUUAAUAAUAAUAACAAUAAGGUCUCAUCUAGUCUCAGGUCAUAAUAUUCUGUACUUUUAGGGUGUCUGUAUUGUUUUAUCUGAGAGAAAACAGCUGUCCCAGGAUUCAGGCUUGGUUAUUAAAAAACCAAAGUUUUUACAAUGGCAAUUUCGAUCGGUUAACUUCGCAUUUAUUCGUCCCAAGUGUCGUUUUAAUCAUCUCUAGGCAUUCAUUAGAUAUUUUUUGAUCAUGUAUUUUAACGGUAGGAUUCCCCUCAUGCUGGAGGAAGUUCACAGAUGGAUUUGGCGCGCGGAAACUCUUGAAAUGAUUUGUAGACUAUAUACUGUAGUGUGGACCAAAUUGUCAAAGCAGACAAAUCAGCUUGUAAAGACUCUUUUUCUGAUCACGAACAUGUGCUUCAAUUGAACACAGACGAAGGAAACACACGUUUAGGAGCACAUUCAAAUCUGGUCUAUAUUACGGACGUUUUUUUUUUAACGUCUGUCACGUUCUCACUGACUGAAACCGUAACCGUAACCGUACUGUUGAUAUCAUGGCAUGAAACACUUAUUAGAAGAACACUUAGAGUUUCCAAACGAUUCUCAGUGCAGAUGUCCAGCACUUUUUUUCUCUGCUUUUUGCAAAUAUUUUUCUAUGGAAAGUAUUGCAGAUGACUAAAUAACACAUCAACGUAACGACUGCACAGACAGCACGUUUAUAUGAUUUCUUAAGAAAAAGACAAAAAAAGAAAAAAAGAAAAACAAAGCAACAAAAAGAUCAUCAUUAUUGAUAUUACAUUGGUAGUCACGAGUAGCAUUAAUGUAGAUAUUCGUCCGUAGCUUAGUUCGCUAGUGAUGUCAUAAUUGUUACCUCGUUUAUUCCCUCACACACUUACAUCACUUCCUGAGACAGUAUGUUCUUUCUUCACCUGAGACAGUAUGUUUUUAAACAGCCACCGUUUGUUUCAUCGUAUCCCGGAUGGAGAUUUGAAAUUUUUUUUUUCUUCUCUCGUUCGUUUGUUUUUCAAGUUGUGUAAUUGUGUUACAUGUGAGGCGAGCACGACGAUUAUACAUCUGUCUCAGCGAGAGCAACACUUUAUCACGAUUCAUUUCGACCAACGAUCUAUGGAAAUGGGAUGUCUUGGAUCUCUUUAUCUCUCUCUGUUGUUGCUCUGUAUGCUGUAAUAUGGGUAAUAUGAAGCCUUGUAAUGAAAUAUGACAGGCAGCUCCCAACACAAGCUGGUAUCCUAUAGAUUCUCCUUAGGUCUCUCAAAGCUCAGGUAGAACCUCGGUUUAGCACAGUCCUUUUGUCCAUUAGUUUGUUGGUGACACUUUCCCUCUUACACCUGCUAACGACAGUUGUAUGGUUUAUUUUUCUAUGUGUCAUGGUUUUGAACCACGAGAUGGAGCUGAAUCCUCCAUUUUACCUGAAUAAAGACUCUUCCACUUUG